ACGCCAUACAUCUCGCGAAGUAUGAAUUAAACUAAACAAACCACUGCGUUAAAUACAAUGACCCUUAAGCAAUUGCUAACUCUCAAGAAGCUCUGUAUGCCUUGUGCUGUUUGUAAGAAGAUAAGCUCUGCAUAUCAUAAAAUAUAAAUACACGAUCGAAACAGCCCAGUAUUCAUAAGAUGAUAUAGAGGCAGUCAGUGGAAGAAAAGUAGUCGAACAGAGCAGUAUGGGGAGUUUAAAUUUUGUGUUUUUGUUGUUACUUUUUAAUUUUGCUGGCGGAAUUAAGGAAGACAAGAAGCAUUGGCAAGAAGUCGCUGACAAGGAGUUACGAGAUGCUUUGUCAUACUCAUGGAACACAAACACGGCUAAGAACGUCGUUCUUUUUGUUGGCGAUGGCAUGAGUCCAGAUACAAUAACAGCUAGUAGGAUCUAUCGGAAUGGCGAAGAUAGUUACUUAGCGUGGGAGAGAUUUCCGCAUGUAGGCCUACUUAAGACAUACAACUCGGAUAAGCAAGCACCAGAUUCAGCAUCAACAGCGACUGCCUUGUUUGGUGGCGUAAAAACGAAUUACAAUGUGCACGGGGUCGAUGCGAAUGUGGCACUAAACGAUUGCGAGGCGAGCCUUCUUACCGCCAACCGGGUUGAAUCUAUCAUCAGCUGGGCGCAAGCCUCCGGCAAGAGCACAGGUUUUGUAACAACUACAAGAGUGACUCACGCAACACCUGCACCGUUAUACUCGUACGGCCCGAAUAGAAAAUGGGAGUGUGAAAGCACUAUGCCUAAGGAAGCUGUUAAAUGUAAAGAUAUAGCUAGACAAUUGAUAGAAAAUGAGCCUGGAAAAAGCAUCAAGGUGAUAAUGGGUGGUGGUAGGCAAAUGCUACAAACGCACGUUAGGGAAACGGAAACUGAUCCCAUCGACACCUGGGCAGGCCGUCGAAAGGACGGCCGGGAUUUGAUUAACGACUGGAUAACAGAUAAAAAAGGAAAGAAUGCAGCAUUUAGCGUAGUGCAAACGAACGAAGAACUGGCAGCAGUCGAUCACAAAAAGACCGAUUAUCUGCUAGGAAUUUUCGCCAACGGGCACAUACCUAUGGAUUUUAAACGAGACAAGAGCCCGAAGGGCCAACCUAGUUUGGAGGAAAUGACUGUGGCAGCGCUGAAAAUACUUAAAAAGUCAGAUGAAGGAUAUUUACUCGUGGUCGAAGGUGGACUGAUCGACUACGCGCAUCACCGCGGCCACGCGGCACAGGCUCUGCUGGAGACGGUCCGGCUGUCAGACGCGAUAAACGCCACCCUAGAGCUGGUCGAUUCGGAGGACACGCUGGUCAUCGUUACCAGCGAUCACACGCACUCGCUUGCCUUCAACGGCAACAGCGCGCGCGGCGCAGAUAUUUUAGGAAUCGCCGAGGUGUCCAAAAUCGAGAACAUCCCGUACACGACGUUGUCCUACAGCACCGGUGGCCCGAACAAUAUUGCAUAUCAAGUGGUGAAUAACAAAUCCAUGCGAAUAAAUCCGAACGAGAGCGACACCACGGAAUUUACUUACAGCCAGCAGGCAGCAAUCAUCACCGACGAGGCGCAUCACGGAGGCGGUGACGUAGCUGUUUAUGCGCUCGGGCCGUACGCACAUCUGUUUCACACAACGCACGAGCAGAAUUUCGUGGCCCACGUCGUUGCCUAUGCAGCCAAGAUAGGCCCCUAUGCGAAUCGAUCGUCUACCGGCAAUCAAUGGAACAUGGUCUGGAUGGGCAGUCUGCUCGGCUUGAUCCUCACAAUCAACGCCUACUGGCAUAUGUGACGACCACUGUUUAAACGUGGCUAUCAGACGGAUCUACAAUUCCGUUUAGAUUUCUCUGUAAUUCUAUUUUAGCCUGGUGACAAUAUUCGUUGCUCUGCAAAGUCAAGGGUAUUGCAUUGCAAAUAAAACUUGAUCUAUGUCCACAAAUAAAUUUUUUAAACUAGUUUUGUAAAAAAAAUGUAAUAAAAUAAUAUUUUUAUAGAGAUAAUCUCUUCUUCCGUUAAAUUUUCAUGUUAAUAAACAUAGCAAGCAUUUCCCAAAAUUUUAGUGAAAAAACUGGAUACUCCAAGAUUUCACAAAGAUAUUUUCACCGAGAUCGUGUACAUUACUAUAGAUUUAAUAUUGCAAGUAUUAAAUCUACUUCAGCGCAACAUGUGAAAAGAGAUAUUCUAUUUUUGUAUAUAAUAAAUAAAAAGUAUUUUAAAAAAUAAUUUCGAAUUAAAUAUUUUAAUUUAAAAAACACAUCCAGAUUUAAACUAUGAUACGUUUACGGCGAGCCGCAUUUAUGCAUGUGAGAAAAAUGUUAGACUGAUAACGUAACAAAUUAGGGAAUAGCUCUACAUUAUUAUAUUUUUUCAUUCGCAUUCUUCAUAUUUACAAACAACUACAUUAAAACGAUUUUUUCAGUCUUAUACUGUAGAGGAUAAGGUAUCUUAUGCUAAUUAUCCUUCAAUUUCAUCAGUCAACGCUGAAAUACGUGCGGUUUUAGCCUUCAAGAGAUUGCUUAUGAAACAUCACUAUUACGCUUUUUAAAUGCGAUGAAAGUUCUUUAUCGGCUUCGAAGUUAGCCUUUGAACUUCAUGAUUCAUUUUUAUUUUCUUUCUUUUCUCCGUAAGAAAUGUAUGUUCGAUUAUAUGUGUAUGAAGUUUGUGUAUAUACAUUUAUUCGCACGUUCAUAUCUGUUAUCACCAUACGCAGUCUACUUAUUAAACUAAUUUGCAUUCAAAAUGGUAUAAAAUUAUUACGACGGAUACAACAGAGUCAUUCAAAUUCGGCGCAGAAGUACAUCGCGAAAACUAAUUAUAAUUAACUUUAACCAAUGGGAAGAAGAUGCUACAAAAACAAGUGAGAAUUAUUUUAUAGCAAAAAAAAAAAACA